AUGAUGGCAUCCGUUGCGAUGAUGAUGCGCGCAGCUGCCGCGACGACGAUUCAGACGACGCCUUCGUAUUCUCAUUUGACCGCGAGAAAAACGAUGACUCCUUCUGCGAGAACGAGAAAGAAUCAUCGGAUGGACAACAACAACAACAACAACAGAAGAAGAAGAAGAGGCGAAUUACUACAAAUAGUGUCCGAAGGAACCGGACGAUUCAUCGUCGGUGGGAACUGGAAAUGUAACGGGACUCGCGAAAGCGUCAAAGCGUUAGUGGAGGCGUUGAAUAAAAACGUCCCAAACAUCGAGAAAAACUGCGAUAUUUAUUGCUGUCCCACAUUUUUGCACCUGCCGUACGUGAAGGACAACUUAAACGAGAGAUUUAACGUGUGCGCGCAAAACAGCUGGGUGGAGGCAGAUUUAGUCGAUCCAGAACACCACUACGACUCGACCACGGGUGCGUUCACCGGGGAGAUAUCCGCGGAGAUGUUGGAGGAUUUACAAGUGCCGUUCGUGUUGCUCGGGCACAGCGAGCGACGAACGCUUUUAGGCGAUACGGAUGAAAUCGUGGGGAAGAAGGUCGCGCACGCGAGGUAUCACGGGUUGAGCGUCGUCGUUUGCGUCGGCGAGACGCUGGAGGAGAGAGAAAACGGGACGACGUUUGAUGUGAUUUUUAAGCAGUUGAAAGCAGUCGCGAAGGAAAUCGACGACCGAGAACAUUCCAGUUGGGGGUCGUCCGUAGUCAUCGCGUACGAACCGAUUUGGGCGAUUGGUACCGGGAAAGUCGCGACGCCGGAGCAAGUGCAGGAGGUACAUUCGAAAAUUCGCAGCUGGUUGGCAGAAAAUGUCAGCGAAGACGUCGCGAAAGCGACGAGAAUUCAAUACGGCGGCUCGGUUAACGCGUCCAACUGCGCGGAUUUAGCCAAGUUGAGCGAUAUCGACGGGUUCUUGGUGGGAGGCGCGAGUUUGAACGGCGAUGAUUUUGCGGCUAUUUGCAACGCGAGUAGCGUCCAUUACAAAGCUGUGGGGAGAUAA